UUUUGGAGCUUCUGGAAUUCUGACCCGAUCGAAAACGACACCGAUUUGAUAUUUCCUACAAAGGCACCUAUCGCUGUUAGUCUGUACAACUCUUCCGGCUCCGCGUGGACGUCUACGGACGCCAAGAUCGCUGAAAACCUUCGCUUAAUUAGAAAUCACAUUCGUGGUAUCAAUGAAGACCAAUACAUUCGCAACGUAGAUAUUUUUGGCGAAGAUUCUCCUCUCUUUAUAAUAAUUGUCCAGGUUCAUCAACGUUACACCCAUCUCCUGUAUUUGAUUGAAUCACUCAGGAGGGUGCAUGGAAUUGAAGAAGCACUUGUUGUGUUCAGUCAUGAUUUUUUUUCGGCGGAAAUUAAUCACGUGAUUAAUUCCAUUCGAUUUGUUCGUUUCACACAGAUAUUCUUUCCAUACAGUCGCCAAAUUUUUCCCGAUUCCUUCCCUGGUCCUGAUCCAAGAGACUGCCACACUCGUGGGUACGCUGCCGAUAUCUGUUUUAACGCCCUUUGUUUCGUAAUUACCAAAAUGAACGUGUCUAAAACUUUCAAUGGUCAGUACAUCUUACUGGAGGAGGACUAUAUGGUUCUUAAGGAUCUUCUUCAUGUCCUUAAGCUAACCAAGAAAUUAAACAAAACUUACGAUAUCGUCGUCCUGGGUUCAUAUGAAAAUUCGCAAACUUACAAUUCACCCGAACUUGUGGCAAUGGCUGGACAAUGCACUACUUUUUACCUUAAGAAUUUUUGCAUUUACGAUGAUUACAACUGGGACUGGAGCCUUUACUUCAUCGAUCGUGUCUGUGCGAACGAAAAGUUUCGUGUCCUGCACUUUAAGAAUUGCGGCCGAGUCUUCCAUACUGGUUCUUGUGGACUGCAUGCCAACGGCAGCGAAUGUGGUAAUGUGGAAGCGUCAGUUACGCGGAUAAUGGAUCGGAUAGCUAGAGGUGGCGGCAGCGAUGGAGUUCUCUUUCCUUCAGCACUGCUAGUGGCGGUGGAUUCAGUUCAACGGCCGCUAGUGUUACCCAACGGGGGUUGGGGUGAUGCGCGCGACCGCGCCCUUUGCCUCGCCAUCGUGAAUAAUCGCUGGUUUCCUCUCGCCCACCUUCUGUCCGACAACAUCGGUCGGCGUCGUCUCGAUGUCUUUGAACCCCUUAUCCCUGGUGUCUCAAACACGACCUCGUCCGUUCUUUAG